AAAGGGGAGGUUUCUUUCUUCCGGCUGUCAUAUAACUGGAUAUCUGCCAUCGUAUUCGUGUUUAUAAUAAUAUUUGUACCGUAUUUGCUAAGAAUUUAAAUAAUAAUAUAUGUGUUAUUAGUGUUGAUAAAAAGUAUCAAAUUACUUAUAACAAAAUUACAUGAGUUAAUUCGACUGUGAUCAAGUGAAUUAUUGGCUUCAUUGAUGAAAAAUGGCUUGGAGAUUUAAGGCUUCUAAGUAUAAAAAUGCCACUCCAAUUGUUCCAAAACCGGAAGCAUGUAUUAGAGAUAUAUGUGUAGGGUCUUAUCAAACCUAUGGAAAUAAUAUUGCAGCUUCAGCUGCAUUUAUGGCAUUUAAUGUCGACCACAAUGGAUCAAGUCUGGCAGUUUUACCUCUUGAAGAUUGUGGUAGAAAGAGUAAAACUAUGCCGUUACUCCAUGCUCAUGCUGAUACCGUAACAGAUAUGGAUUUUUCUCCAUUCCAUGAUGGAUUUUUAGCAACUGGAUCACAAGAUUGCUUAGUAAAAUUAUGGCAUAUUCCAGAAGUAGGGUUAGAAGAAUCACUAUGUAAUCCUGAGUGCACUUUUUCCCAUAGACAAAGACGAGUAGAAGUCGUUCGUUGGCAUCCUACGGCUGAAAAUCUCUUGACGACUGUUUCUUAUACUAAUUUAUCACUCUGGGAUAUUAUAUCUCAGGAAGAAUUAUUUUCCAAUAAUGAACAUUCCGAGGUUAUUCAAUCAUUGAGCUGGAAAUAUGAUGGAAGUUUAUUGGCUACAUCGUGUAAAGAUAAACAGGUGCGAAUUAUUGAUCCUCGUGCUCCAAAAUCAAUUGUAAAUACUUGCUCAAGCCAUCAGAGUAUUAAAGAUUCAAGGAUCGUAUGGCUUGGUAAUGGAGAUAGAAUUCUAACUACCGGCUUCGAUUCUGCAAGACUACGUCAAGUUUAUAUUAGAGAUCUAAGGAAUUUAAAUGAUCCAGUAAAAACACUAGAGUUAGAUUGUAGCACCGGUAUUCUUAUGCCAUUAUUUGAUCCUGAUACCAAUAUGUUAUUUCUUGCUGGGAAAGGUGAUACGACUAUUUUGUACAUGGAGGUAACGGACAAAGAUCCCUUUUUAGUGGAAGGCAUUAGACACAGUGGGGAGCAGACAAAAGGUGUUUGUUUAGUUCCCAAAAGAGCGUUGAAUGUUAUGCAAGCAGAGGUUAAUAGAGUUUUACAACUAACAUCUAACAUGGUUAUUCCAAUCAUGUAUCAAGUCCCACGAAAGACCUAUCGUGACUUCCAUGGAGAUAUUUAUCCAGAUACUGCUGGAUGUUUUGCUCAAAAUACCGCUGAGGCAUGGAUCAAGGGUCACAAUGCUCCAGUACCUAAAAUUUCUUUAGAUCCUGCUAAGAGAGCCAAAGGAGAAGAACCGAUGACGAUUCACAAAGGAAAUCUGGCGGCAUUGAAAAAAAUGCAACAAGAAAUAAAACUUGAAAACGUCAAGGCUGCUAAGAGUUUACAUUCAACACCCAAGGGAUUCAUUCAAUCAGCUAAAAUCCAGACUAUUAUCCAGGAAAGAGAAAAGGAAGAGAAAAAAAAUAACGAGAAAGAGAAAGAAAAGAAAAUUAUAAGUGAUAUGGAAAAAGUAGAAGAACCAGUGAGAUCUGAAACUGAUGAUGAUGCAAAAAGAAAAAUGCAGAAUGGAGGACAAAUUCCACCGAAGCCUUUACCAAGAUCUUCAAGGGCUAACAGUAUUUCUGAAGAAGAACCUAAACCUGUGGCUCGUCCUCGAACUUCACCGAGUACCGGUUCUGUAGUAACGUCUGUUAAUCCGAAUAUAGUUGGGGGUUAUAAGCCGAGAUUGGGACCAAAACCUUUUCAAGCAAAGUCAGGUAGUCAAGAAUUUUCCUUCGACAAAGUUUUUUCAGUGCCCGUCGCACCUAGUAAUGAUAGUAAUGGGUAUACUAAUGAUACUAAUAAUAUUUCCGACAAUGUUGUUGCAAAUUCUGAUAAAUCUCCAACAUUUGAAAACGAGCGAAUUAAGGAAACAGAAAAUGGCAAGAGUGAUUCGAGUUCAAUGGAGGAAGAUGCAAAUUCAAGUGACUCUGGAUAUAAACCGAAAACACCAAGUACAGCUGAGCGACGUAAACUUUUUGAAACUAAAGUAAAAGAUGAAUCUCCUGAAAAUGAAGAAUCUGGAGGUUUAGAACGUGGUGGAUUUAACAGAAACUCCAUUGCUGAAAGACGAAGGCUUUAUGAAAGUAGAUCUGUGUCAGUAACUGAUGGUAAUCUUGCAGAAAAGGCUAUGGGAUCACCGACGGCUUUACGAAGACGAGAUUCUUUCAAAACAAAAAAUGAAAUAAUUAAAGAAGAUGAGCCAAAAAAGAAUGUAUCAAUAUUACGACAACAAAGUAUGGAUCCACGUUUAGAGAAACCAGAACCCAUUUCAACACCAACACCUAAAAGAACUUCAACUGUUUUUGGUCGUGUAUCAAAAUUCCGUCACUUGAAAGGAACACCUGGUCAUAAAUCUACUCAUAUCGAAAAUAUCCGCAAUAUCAGUCGUCAAAUUUCUGGUGAAUGUGAUGGUUUUCAUGCCAAUUCUGAUCGUGUUGCAGUACCACUUAGUGGUCCAGGUGGAAAAAUAGCAGUAUUAGAGUUAAAAAAGACAGGAAGACUUCCCGAUGGUGUUAUGCCAGCAUUAGUACAUGGUGCAACAAUAAUGGAUUUCCAAUGGGAUCCAUUUAAUAAUCAGAGACUAGCAGUUGCUUGUGAUGAUGGGAUAAUUAGAUUGUGGGAGAUUCCAAAUGGAGGAUUAAUGGAGCCAACUAAUGAACCGAAACAUAUUAUUGAAGCGCAUACUGAUAAAAUUUAUUUGAUUAAAUAUCAUCCGCUUGCAUCAGAUGUUCUUGCAUCUGCAUCUUAUGAUACAACAGUAAAAAUAUGGGAUUUAGCACCACUUCAUUCUGGCAAUUCAGCCAUUGCUAAAAUUACCUUAUCUGGUCAUACAGAUCAAAUCUUUAGUCUAGCAUGGUCACCAUGUGGUCAAUUUCUUGCUAGUGCGUGCAAAGAUGGUAAGCUUAGAGUAUUUAAACCGAGAAGCAGUGAUACCACAAUCAGUGAAGGCAAAGGACCAGUUGGAACUCGAGGUGCAAGAGUUGUUUGGGCAUUAGACGGUCGUUAUUUAGUAGUCAUGGGUUUCGAUAAAGUAUCUGAACGACAGAUAAUGAUUUUCAAGGCAGAUAAAUUAAAUUCUCCUUUAAAUACUGUGGGUUUAGAUGUUUCUCCAGCCAUUCUAAUGCCAUUCUAUGAUGAAGACAGUUCGACGCUAUUUUUAACGGGUCGUGGAGAUUCUACUAUUUAUACAUUUGAGAUUACAGAAGAAGCUCCUUAUUGUUGUCCCCUCAGUCAUCAUCGAUGUGCUAGUCUUCAUCAAGGACUUUCAUUUCUUCCGAAAAAUAAAUGUGAUGUAGCAAGUGUGGAGUUUGCUUCAGCUUUAAGGCUUACAAACAAUACUAUUGAACCUUUAAGUUUCACUGUACCAAGAAUUAAAAGUGAACUCUUUCAAGAUGAUCUUUUCCCACCUACUAAGGUCACUUGGAAACCUGUAUUGAGUUCUACAGAAUGGUUUAAUGGUAUGAACAAACAAGCUCCUCGAAUAAGUUUGAAACCACCUGGUAUGGAUUGCUUGUCAGAAAAUCAAGUAACGGGAACAGUUCCAGUCUCAACUAAACAGUCAUCUCAAUUUUCGGUGUCAUCACCAUCAUUUACAAAAAUGGGUUGGACUCCAGAUUUAUUAAAAGCCAAACAAGAUGAGAUUCAAAAAAAUAUGAGCAAUAUGGUGGGCGACAUGAUCCAGUGUUCAUUAGAACAGGACCACAUGGAAGGAGUAGACGAGCACGAAUGGGAUGAUUAAAAGUCAUUGUUGAUGACAUCAGCCACAUCAAAAUAUUACGUAAGAAGAAGAAUAAAUAUAAAAAGUAAUUCUUUAUCUAACAAAAACAUCUUGCAACUAUUUGACUCUAAAAAGUCAAGCCAUAAUAUAUUAAAUUAAUAAUUUUUUUAUUAAUUAAUUUUAACAUUUUUUAAAUUAUAUUUUAGCCAUUUUGUAUUAAAAUCUGCAAUAAUUUGUAAAUUAAAAUUGUCGAAGCUUAAUAUCGUACUAUACGUGAGGACAGAAUUAGUUGAAUCUACGAUAAUAGUCAUUUUAUUUAAUAAUUAAAAUCUGUCGUUUUUAUCUUUAUCACAUAAUAAUUAUAAUCGUUAUGAGUAAUUAUUCUGGCAAUGACCGUACACCAUAUUGAACGUCUUUGAAAAGAUGACGCGUGAUAGAUCUAGUCUGCAAUGAUUUUUUCAAGAGUUUUUCAUUUAUAAAUAUGAUAUUGAUAUUAAAAUAUUAGUAUUAUUAUAAUUAUUAUAACAAUUGUAGAUUUCUAUAAGCUAAGUAAUGAGUAUGCGAUAAUUUUAUUCUCAAAAAAGUUAACAAAAACAUAAUUAAGUUCUGAAAAAUUGGAGUAGUUAAUUUGAUUAAUUAAUUGACUUGACAUUUUUUUUUUUUUAUAAGAAAAAAUGAGGAUUAAAAAAAUAUCAUAAGGCAAAUACUAAUGAAUAUUAUAAAAAUCUAAUACCUCAAUAAUGAUUGAUUUCUCUAACAAAUCGUACGCACAUUAUUAUUAUUAUUAUUAUUAUUAUGAAUUUAUGUCAUA